UCAACUAUCCCAAUGUCCUAUUGUGCAUUUUCUGGAUUUGUCAUUUGGGAAACUGGGAGUUUCUCUUGGGGAAAUGAUGUCAUAUAGGCCUUGGGUGCCCCUGAGGGCCAUUGAAGGCUUUUUGCACUGGGUGGAGAAGUUUUAUCCAAUCCCAGGCACAUCUGCAGUCCUCCCUCCCCCUAGCUUCUAGAAGAGGAUUAGCUGGGGUCAAAUAAGAAUGGAGAGGGCCAGAUCAUUUCCUCACAGGGUGUUGGCCGAGCCUUUGCACGCUUGGCCAAAGACCAUCCCCAUCCUGGGCCCUGGGCCCCCGGGAACUGGGUGAGGAGGCGGUUCCACUCCCUUUUUCUUUUUCUGUGUUAAGGAACUUUGAAGCCACCCUCUCUCAGCCCUCUCCCUGAGUGGAGGGAGAGAAAGUGAACUACAGGCAGGCAGACAGCACAGCUCGUUUGCCCCUAAAUUCACCCGAUGGAAACGCCUUUCAUGUCCCGAGGUACGGGGAGGAGUUUGGCCCAAAAGCAAGACCCAGGGGCAGUUCCCGCGCGGUUGGACUCCCGAGGUUUGCCAGCGGCCACUCCUACAGCCUCCGCCAUGGGCCUGGAGCUCUACCUGGACCUGAUGUCCCAGCCCUGCCGUGCAGUGUACAUCUUCGCCAAGAAGAACAACAUCCCCUUCCAGCUGCGUACCAUAGAGUUGCUCAAAGGCCAGCACUACACGGAUGACUUUGCUCGGGUGAACCCCUUGAGGAAGGUACCAGCGUUGAAGGAUGGGGACUUCAUCCUGGCAGAGAGCGUGGCCAUCUUGCUGUAUCUGAGUAGAAAGUACAAGGCCCCUGACCACUGGUACCCUCAGGAUCUUCAGGCUCGCGCUCGAGUGGAUGAGUACCUGUCUUGGCAGCACACAGCCCUUCGAGAUGGUUGCACCAGGGCCAUGUGGCAAAAGAUGAUGUUCCCUGUGUACCUGGGACAGCCGGUCCCCCCAGAGAUGUUGGCGUCCACUUUGGCUGAGCUGGACAGGUGCCUGCAGUUGCUGGAGGACAAGUUCUUGCGGGACCAGGCCUUCCUUACAGGAUCCCAGAUCUCUGUGGCUGACUUGAUGGCCAUCACAGAGCUGAUGCAUCCUGUCAGUGCUGGCUGCAAAAUCUUCGAGAGCCGACCCAAGCUGGCGGCAUGGCGGCAGCGUGUGGAAGCUGCGGUGGGGGAGAAACUCUUCCAGGAGGCCCAUGAGAUUGUCCUGAAGGCCAAGGAUAUGCCACCAUUGAUGGACCCCGCCUUGAAGGAGAGACUGAAGAUCUCAGUGCAGUGCUUGUUUCACUGAGGGAGGAGCCCGGACCCGUGGCACCGUCAAGGGAAACAGGCUGGGUUAUGGACUCGGAAGAGAUGAGGCAGAAUGUCUUUUUGGCUGUCACUAGGACACGAAGUCUCUGGUCCAUAAGUUCCUUUAGACAGUGAUGUGUUCCUUCUGUGUCCCCAACCUGCUCUGUGCUGUGACAUUAGCUUUCACCUGACCCCUGGAGAGAUCUACAGGGAAACACUGGGGAACUACUUACCAGGCCAUGCUCCUCUUUUGAAACUGUACAAACCAUUGAAACCUUGCCCCACCCUCCAGGCCACACCUUUCUGACUGUAUUCAUUUCAGGCCUUCUCCUGCUCUGACAUGGACAUCUCCCCCCCUCUCCUCUCUCCCACCCUGCCCUCCCUGUGCCCCUGUGUUCUUUGCCUAGUGCUCUUCCUGUAUCUUUUGACAUUUGGCACCGUGUGAUGCCUCUGGGCUCCUCAUUCCCUGUCCUUCCCUUCCUCAAUGUUAGCAGGCAGGAUCUCUGACCCCUGGGUUGAGCACAUGUCACAGAUGGAGAGUGUCUAGGGAAAGGCCUUUGUCCUCUGGGUCUUUCUCUUCCCUCUGGGGUGAUGCUGUCUGCCAUAGGUGGGGUGCAAGCCUGGUCCAUGAUGUUCCUUGCAGGGGUGGAAGUUUCUGGCAAUGUCCCGACUUUCCACAUGCUGCCAAGCAGUGUUGCUUGCUCCAAGUCUUCUAACCCUGUUUUCUGCAUGUCUCCAGCUCCAAAUUGUCAAGCUACUUAAUCUUGUGCCGUAGGGCCUCUGGUGUGUGCAUUACCUAAUAAAUAAAUUGCUAACAGAACA